AGUCUUUCACUCACAGCCCAUGGCAGGCUGGGAGAUAAAGCCGAGCAAAGGCACAGAGAGAACUGGAUCCUCUGCAUCCCUGGACAGCCCAGGUGGUCAGUGUAGGUUGGUGCUGCUGGGCAAGGAUGUUAGUGACCAAGGACGAUGACCUUCCAGAUACCACUGCCUAAGUGAGAACCAGAGGUCUGUGGCUGUCUGUUUCCUCACCCUUGCCCUUGUCAAGCAUUAGGAUGUCAGGAGCCUCCCAGGAGAGCCUGGGGCCCCGGGGACUGCCGGCGUUAGGCAAGGCCUGCUUGACCAGCAUGAACGAGAAGCUUAGCACACUGAGCGAGAAGGUUGACAGACUCCUGCGUUUCCAAGAAGACAUCACAGGGAAGCUGCAGGCCCUGGGCCAAGGCCUGGGCCACUUGCAGGGAGGUCUGCACCAGCUGGAGGCUGCCUGCGCGCUGGGCUCAGCUGGGGCCAAUAGUGCUCCUUCAGCCGAUACUCAGGCCAUAUGGCCUGAGGUCCUGGAGCUAUUGAGGGCUGUGCAGCAGGAGGCUUCCCAGCAUGGAGCCAGGCUCGAAGCCCUCUGCAGGAUGGUGGCAGCUGCCAAUAGGGCCCUGGCUUUGGAGGGGGCCACGUUCCAGAACUUGAAGCUGGUGGAUUUUGUCGUCCAAGGGAUUGUCCCCUGGAGGGAAGGCAGCCUGGCUGACAGUCCCGAAGAGAACAAAGAGCAAGCAGAAAAGAAGGGAGCAAAACCAAAGUGUGCACUGAGCCCCAGAGGUGUGCACGUGGACACCACAGGGCCUCGGCAAGAGAGCCAGAAGGUUGACCUGCCAGAGGGGACAGUAGAGCAGCUGUCCCCCAUCAGCGCUUCAGGGAUGGGAGCUGACCUCCUCAUCCAGGCGGGGGCCGCAUCAAGGCAGGGAGAUGGAGUCCCUGGCCCAGGCCAGCUGCCUCCUGGCCAAUCAUUGCUCCUCACAAAGGCUGAGGCCAAAGCUCCUGAGACUUUCAGCAGAAGCCCUGGGAAUGGCCUGGAAUUGUCUGGGGCACCCAACAGGGUCAGUGAGGUCCCUGCCAGCCAGGAGGUUGCACCAAGUGCAGGACAAGGAGCACCCAGCAGGCCUGACCCUCAGCUCUUGGAUGAGGGCAAGAGGCUGACGUCAGGGCACAGCCCCCUGCCUCGGGGGCCUCGAAGGCCUCGAAGGCUGUCAGCCCAGCCCAGGGCAGCUCCCAGUGAUGGAGAGACAUCUCUAAGGAUCUCCACCCACAUGCAAGAGAUGGACAGUCCUGAGGAGGUGCUUGUGACCCCAGGUGGCAGCCUUGCACUCACCCCUGCCACCCACCCCCCAGAGGCUCCAGCAGCUGCCCAUCCAGGUGAGCAGAACCCACCUGGACCCCUGUGCUACCUCCAAGUUCCAGGGACUCAGUCAGGGGAACAGAGCCCCCGAGGAGCCGGAGCAUUCUCCCCAGGGCAGAAGAGGAGCAGCCACGGAGGAGCGGAGAUGGAGGAGGUGCGUGGGCCUGAGGCUGAGCCCACCGUAGGACCAAGCUUAGUCAAGAGAGACGAGGGAGAUGAAACUGCUGAGGCCCUGGACCUGCAGCAGGACAAAGGCCUGGGAGCAAGAAACCCUGACCCUGGGAAGGAUGGUGUGGCUGGGGGCACAGGGAGAGCCCAGGCAGGAAGCAGGACGCCCCUGGGUGCUGAAGCCGGCAUUGUGGCUCUUGAUGCUGGGCUGGCUCCACCUGCUCCUUUUGAACACCGGGUGGUGAGUGUCAAGGAGAGCUCGGUCUCAGCAGGCUACACGGUGUGCUGGCACGAAGUCUUGGGAGGGGGCCGGUUUGGCCAGGUCCACAGGUGCACAGAGCAGUCCACGGGCCUGCCCCUGGCAGCCAAGAUCAUCAAAGUGAAGAGCGCUAAGGACCGGGGUCAUGUGAGGAACGAGGUCAAUAUCAUGAACCAGCUCAGUCAUGUGAACCUGAUCCAGCUCUAUGACGCCUUCGAGAGCAAAAACAGCUUUACCCUCAUCAUGGAAUACGUGGAUGGGGGUGAACUCUUCGACCGGAUCACGGAUGAGAGGUACCACCUGACCGAGCUGGACGUGGCCUUGUUCACCAGGCAGAUCUGCGAGGGGGUGCGCCACCUCCACCAGCACUACAUCCUGCACCUGGACCUCAAGCCGGAGAACAUCCUGUGCGUGAGUCACACCGGACACCACAUUAAGAUCAUUGACUUUGGGCUGGCCAGGAGGUACAAGCCUCGGGAAAAGCUGAAGGUGAACUUUGGCACUCCUGAGUUCCUGGCUCCAGAAGUUGUCAACUAUGAGUUCGUGUCUUUCCCUACGGACAUGUGGAGUGUGGGAGUCAUCACCUAUAUGCUACUCAGUGGCUUGUCCCCAUUUCUGGGGGAGACAGAUGCAGAGACCAUGAAUUUCAUUGUGAACUGUAGCUGGGAUUUCAACUCUGACACCUUUGAAGGGCUAUCGGAGGAGGCCAAGGACUUUGUUUCCAGGUUGCUGAUCAAAGAGAAGAGCUGCAGGAUGAGUGCUGCACAGUCCCUGAAACACGAGUGGCUGAAUAAUCUGCCCGCCAAGGCUUCCACAUCCAAAGUUGGCCUCAAAUCCCAACUAUUGCUGCAGAAAUACAUGGCUCAGAGAAAAUGGAAGAAACAUUUCUACGCGGUGACUGCUGCCAACAGGUUAAGGAAAUUCCCAACUGGUCCCUAAUCCUCAAUUCUGCUGCUCUGAAGGGCCCAGAAAUUCAUACUAAGGCCAGUGGUGAAGUGAUGAAGAGAUGACUCAAGAUUUUAAAUCCAGCCUUUUACUCUUAUUGGUUUUACUUAUUUUAUUAAAAAGGUCAUGGCUGCUGCCUUUUUUGUGGAUGAAAAAUGGCUCCAAAGAAAGCAUCCUGACGACUGUUUUCUGACUUGUAAGAUCAUUUAGUUUGAAAUGCUGUGUUUACUUUUUAGGUAACCUACUUUUGGUGAUAAGUAUUAGGCAUGCUUUAGGUAUGUGAGGAAGUUCCUACUCUGUAUACAUCAAAUUUAUAUUCUGAACUUACUUUGAUUAAAGACCUCAGUAGACUUUUCAUAAGUGCCUGUCACUCGGUACUAUCUCUUCCAGUACAAUGAAUUCCUAGAAUUUUGGUUUGCUCAGGUCUGAGUUGACAUUUCUGUAUUACUCCACACUAGUGCCAAGCAAUGUGGAUUGAACACAGCGAUACUCCAACUUGUUUUAACUUAUGUUCCCUUUUGAGAAUCAACAUCAUAGUUUGAAAUUUCAAAAUAUAUCAACUGUCAUGCUAAAUCACAAUGAUGAUCCUUUUGACUGUGCUUCUGAAAUCUUUAUAUACCUCCACCCUCUCUCCUAAUUCUGCCCUGUCCUGAUCCCUGUUUCUUGGUUAUGAAUUUCUAUUUCUGGUCUUGUAAGUCUGGAAACUUAUUCCCAGUUUA